AUGCCUCCCUCGCGCGCCCGACGUGCCCCGGCCGCCUGUUCCCGCUGCCGGGUCCGCAAGAUCAAGUGCAACAAUGAGCGGCCCGCCUGCGUCAACUGCAAAGCCUACGGUCACGAAUGUGUCUAUGAGCCGAUCAGCGAGUCGGCCAAGGAGGCAGGGCGCCUGCGUCACGAGCGCAAGAAGUUGCGGAAAUCACAGCAGCAGAGCGCCAGCAGCCAGGCUCCCGAGUCCAGUCAUGGCGGUGACAAUGAUGAGCUGCAGCAGCAGCGUUCACCCUCGGGACAUGGGGCGGCGAGUGUCCAUGACAAUAGCAGCAGCAUCAGCGCCCACGAAAACACCAACCCUCUCGAGGAGCAGAAUGGCCCGCGCGAGGGCGUGGCGCGCAUCCUCGUCUCGGACAGUGGCGUGUCCAGCUACCAUGGCCGCACGAGCACCCUCUACGAGGAUCAUCCCCAGGAGCGCUCUACGGCGCAACACCCUCGGAUGCCAGACGAAUGGGUUGAGCGAGGCCUCGUCGCAGAGGCCGCCCGCCAACGACAGCUAGAGGAGCUCAACUACCGCCACGGAAAGCUGGACUUUGACGGCGUCGAGCCGGACCUGGGCAUGCAUCUGCUGUCCAUCCACUGGAACAGGCAGCACCACUCGUGCCUCAUCACGUACCGGCCUGCCUUUAUGCGCGACAUGGCCUGCGGGGGCCCCUAUUUCUCCAAGCUGCUCCUCAACGCCAUCUACUUUGCCGCCUCCAAGUUCAGUCCCCGGCUCGAGGUCCGCAAAGACCCUGGGGAUGUGCGUACGGCUGGGUGGCGGUACAGAGGACGCGUCCGGGAGCUUCUGGGCGGCGCGUUGGACCGCAGCGAUGUCACCACGAUUCAGGCUCUCCUGCUCAUGACGAAUUCGCUUUUCGCGCUCGGCGACGAGAGGAGCGCGGCUUGGCUGUAUGCGGGCCUGGCGUUUCGCAUGCUCAUCGACCUUGGUCUGCACGUCGACCUCACCGGUACGCGACGCUUCUCCGACGAGGAUCUCGAGGUACGAAGGCGCGUCUUCUGGGCCGCCUUUGUCGUUGACAAGAUCCAGUCGCUCUACCAGGGGCGGCCGUCGACGCUCAAGGAGAGCGACGCGCUGGUGCCCAUCAAGUUCCUUGACUCGUACGAGGAGCUCGAGCACUGGCAGCCAUUCGCCUACUCGUCGUCCACGACGCACUACCCCGGCUCUCCGGCCUACAGCAACUCGACGUUUGCCAGUCUGUGCAGGCUCUCCUUGACCAUGAGCGAAAUCCUCAACAGCAUCUACACGGAGCGGAGCUCGGACCAGACGCCCAGGGAACUGUCAACCAUGCUCGAGAAGCUACAGCUCCGGCUCGACAACUGGAGGCGAGACUUGCCACCGCACUUACAGCUCGAUCCGGGACGACAGUCGCGAGAGAUGGAGUAUCCCCCUCCCCACGUCUUUAGUCUCAAUGCCAUGUACAACGUGCUCAUCAUCCUGCUCCAUCGACCCUUUGUAGCCGACGGCCACCUGUACAGCACGUCCCGCUCCAUCUCCGUCGACUCCUUUAUGAAAUGCGCGUCCGCCGCCUCGACCAUCUGCAGCCUUGUCCGGGCCUACCACCAGGCCUUCUCAACACGGAGGGCGCCCUACCUCAUCUCCUACGCUACCUAUGUCGCCGCGACAAUCCACUCCCGCAUUGCCGCCCGCAGAGGAAGCGACUCGUCGGCGCAUGCCAACCUGGCGACGUGCCUCGCCGUCUUUGAGCAGAACCAGGCGACCAACUCUGCGGUCAACAAGGCGUCGCUGAUCAUACAGAAUCUCAUGAAGAAGCUAGGCGUCACGCUGACCCCCUCGGGUGAUGCGCUGCGCAAUGUGGUCAUGGAUUCUGCGGCGGCCACGGCCACAGCAGCAGAGCAGCAGGCUGAGCCUGUGCUGGACGUGCCAGCGAGCAACUUGCACACCAACGCCAGCAGCACUGUGGACGCGCUACCCCCGGCCACAGCUCUGGGGGAUUACUCACCCAACGACCCUGACUGGCUUGACAUUGACAACAUCAUCCAGAGCUUCCUUCACGGACGUGAGGGGGCCCAUGCGCCCGCUGGGUUCGAGCCAGACACGGCGUGGCUGCCGGCUCCGUCUGUGCACAACAUGGCUGGUGCACCGGCGACGGCGGUGGGUAUGUAUCCCACGCCGACCGAGGGCAGCGGCUACUUCCAUCCCCCGGAUGACAGCGGUGGCAGCAAUGGGUUUGUGCAGGACCCCUUGUUUGGCUUCAAUGGGUCGGCGACAGACUCGUAUCACUAUGCACCGUGGUGA